AUGCCACCCGGCCGCAAUCACCCCUCCCGACACGAAUCACCCAACUUCACCCCAAACGUCCCACCACCAACGAACAACGGCAGCCUCUGGGAGUACCCCUCCAUCGAGCCCAGGUCUAGAAUCAACAAAGGCCUUCUCUUUCGCCUGCCAUUCGAUGCCAAGAAAGUUCAAGAUGGCGCCGGCGGCGAUCACAAAGUGCCUCGUGGCUGGCUCCAAGCACUGAAAUUCCUACGAAGCGACCAUGGCAUCGACAACCCAGCUUACUAUGCCUUGGCAGCGAACGCGGAAUGGCAUGCAGUGACUCAACUUGGCACUGGUGGGUUCGGGCGCGUCGGUUUGUGGGCUCUUUCCCGUGAUGAUCCGGCUAGCUCCAAAGCUGGCGCCGACAAAGGCCUCGGUGGUGAGCCUAUAGAUGAGAUCGUAAUCAAGCAACAGGAGCUCAAACCCUGGAAUCGCGAACGCGGCAAGGACGGGACUGGGAAGCACAAGUACGGCGACUACGCUGGCCUCGGCAUACACUGGGAGGCAAUGAUCGGCGAAGGGCUGCAGCACAAAGAAGCUCAAGAACUGCUGCAAAGGGCACGGAGAAGAGCAGCGCGUCGAUUUCUGGACCGGCUACUCGAGAGAAGUUUGUUUUAUACGGACGAAGACACACACAUUGCACGUAUACGACGAUACCGGUACAACAAAGAGGCCAAGCUGUGUAGACUGUACCUGGAGUACUGCCCACACGGAACACUCGGUGAUCUCGUCCGAGACUACAAAGCCUGGGGCCAGAUGCUACCCCUUGGCUUCGUAUGGCACCUCCUGCUUUCCCUCGCUCUCGCCCUCCGCGCGCUUUCCGGCCGCCUUCCCGCCGAUGCCUUCCUGUGGCACUGCCGCAACCUCCGCGACGAACCCGACUGGCCGUCCCCUCCUUCGCAUCACUGGCUCCUGCAUUACGACAUCAAGCAUGCGAACAUCCUGCUCUCUUACUCCGGCAUCGAGCACGACGAAGCCGACUCCAUUCCUAAAACCCGAAGAUUCAGCAGACUCCUCGACCCUACCCGAGGCUACCCCUCCGUCAAACUCGGAGAUUUCGGCGUCGCCACGUACACCAGCGACGCUGACACGUUCAAUCCUCCCAUGCGCGGCGGCAGCGGCACACUAUGCAAUUAUCCGCCGGAGCAGAGGAAAGACCGGUGGCAGAAGUUUCGAGACCCACCCAAUUUCAACGGCGCGCAGUGGACGGAGAAGCACAUGGUGUGGCAAGUUGGGAAAGUUGUGCUGGAUAGUAUCAUGGGUUGGAGUGAGAACCACAUUGACGAGGAGCUCAAUCCAGACCUUGGGCCGAUAAAUGAGGCAGAAUAUGAGAGGUUGGGAUGUCAUUUCUUGGAUGUGGAGAAGGAGUUCGACAUGAAAAAGUUCAAAGAGCUUAGGAAGUAUGAUUCGUUGAUCGAUCUGUGUAUGCGGUGUUUGCGGCCAAAGAUCGACGAGCGGCCGGGGGUGGAGGAGCUGGUGGAUUUGGCGAGGGAGGGGCUGAGGGGUGUAUUUGACGUGGGUGGCGACGAUGGGGAUGAUGGAGACGAUGGUGACGGGCAGAGAUUGUAUUUCCGGGGAAGAGAGAUUAGGGAUCUGGAUGUGGGAACGAGGGCGGUCGGGGCGAGUCCGAAGCCCCACGAGUAUUGGAAGGUGAGGUUCAAGGAUCCGCAGGCGCCGGUGCCGAUGGAGGCGGACAAGUGGGAGGGAAUGAGGGGCCAGGAGAGAGCUGAGAUCGAGAAGAUGGCGAGAGAGGCUGGCUUGAAACUGUCCGACUUCGUGAAGGAGAGAGACCUAUACCCCGCCGCGCCGGCCGCUCCAGACCCCAACAAAAAGCCGCGGAAGCCUCCACAAAAGGAGGGCGAGUAUAGCCAGAGUGUUAACUCGUCUGAGGUGUCCUAUGACGAGUCUGAAAAGGGCGACAACAAUGGCGACUACGACGAUGACGACGACAGCGAUAACCUUCUCUCUACCAAAGAGCUGGAGUCUUUGGCGAGAGAUGACUUGGCGGCUCAGCAAUUGCAACGAGAGGCCUUGGGGAGCCAGCCCGUGGGCAGACAGCUCAACAGCCUGUUCGACUCGGAGUUCUCUGAGUCGAAAGACAGUAAAAACGGCACGUACCAGCCUCCAUCAGCACACGACGGGAAGGAUGACGAGGACGACGACGAGGACGGCGAGCCUCUAGCACGCCCCGGGAGACGUCGAUCACCUCGGCUUCAGAAACCUAGAUCGUCAAAGGAAGCGGACGACCCGUCUACGUCAAUGAAAGACGACGACGGCACCUACAAGCCCCCAUCAGCCAAGGACACAAACGAGGAUUUGUUGGAUGAUGACGACUCAGCGCCUCGAGAUCGUUUGAAGACUCCACCACGGCGGAAGAGUCGAUCGCCACGUCAAGCGAACACGCCAACGAGCAAGUCGAGUCCAACACCACAACUUGACGUCGUGAGCGCGGUGGAUACGAACACCGACGGCUUGGAAGAAGAUGAGGCGUCGAUGUCGCAGGAUUCCGACCACGAGUCCGAGCAGAAGCAGUCUAGCAAGCCGGAGUCACCACAGCAGCCUCAUGAACCUGCUGACGACCCUUGGGCAUAUCUAGGCGACGUUGGAGCCACUACAGAAGAAGAGGCUCGUAAUUUCAACAGCUCCGACUGGGCGACCCCGAGCGUGGGAUGGUCGACCAUUGAGGACUAUUUAGGCCAUCGCAGCACGCCCAACGCCUCAUUCUCCUCCGAUCCAGGCGACUCUGAUGCUAUAGAGUCCUAUCUCGCCCAAACACACGCUUUCCUCCUCGCGCAGAUCAAGGCUAGGAACAUCAAGCUCGAGAAGGGUGAAAAGAGGAAGAAAGAGGUGUUUGCGAAGAAGUUGCGGGAGGCGGACGUUGCUGCGUGGGCUGAGAAGAGAGCUAAGGCGAGUGAGGCAAAGAAGUUGCGGGACGCGGGCUUUGCUGAGCGGGUGAUGAAAGCGAGGCAGGAGAGGCAGAAGGAGGAGCAAACGAAGAGGAAGCGGACAGCGGAGGACGAGGAUGACGGGGACGCGGAUCAGGCUGCUGACGGUAGUGGGUCUGUGGAUGGGUACGGGCCACGCAAGACGACGAACAAGAAGGUUCUGAAGAAGGCGAGGAAGACCGAUGAGGACGUUGCAAGCCAAGCCGGUGACAAGAAAACAGUGAAGAAGGCGAAGAAGACAGAUGCGGACGGGACAAGUAAGACCAGUGACAAGAAGGUGGUCAAGAAGGCGAAGAAGACGAAAAUGAUGAGCAAGGAAGAGAAAAAGACCAAAGCGCGGCAAUGGAAGAAGCUGGCGAAGAAGGCAAAGAAGAAGAAGCAGACAAACGCCAGACCAUCCAAGAAGACGGACACUCAGGGAACGAGCGGUGCAGCGACGGUCGCAGCGGCGAUAACUUCGCCGAGAAAGCCGCGGAACAGACGCGUCCUGGACACGGAGGACUGA